AUGUCAUCAUUCGACAAAUAUGGAGGAGGGGCCACUCCGAAAAAGCGACAGCGAGAUGAGUCCUUCGGGUGGUUGGACAAGAGCUCGAACUCUUCCACCUCAUCUGGCCUUCCAGGCCCUGAUGACAUCUCCCACCCAGAUUCCAAGAUAUCGACUCGGACAGGCUUUGCCCAUCCAUCCGACCUGGUUCGCACUAUUCACCACCUCCACGACGAACGCCCAAGCCCAACUCAGGCUCCUACAGUUUCCGACGAUCUUCAGAUCAUUGACCCUCUGCCAUCUGGAUCGGCCAUCGCGGCACAGAAAAUAUUGUGGGGAUUUUUGGACAAACAUGCCCAGUGUAUCUGUCAGGGUCAAGAGCACCGCCUCACCGAGCAAGAGAUUCAGGAUUUGGGCAAAGCCCGAGGUCACCGCCCACCUGACACGCGACAUUGGCCUUCAGAUUCGGCAGCUGGAGAAGACAGAACAGGAAUCCAAGCCCGUGCGAAUGCGACAGAAUGUGCAGACAGGAUGCGCACGAUACUAAAAUCUGGACUCGCAUGA